AUGCUGCACACGGCCAUGUGCACCACCAUCAAACACCCGACCAGUGAGCAGGCCCAGGCAGCCAAGAGGUACAUUCUCAACAAGGUGCAAAGCACCYUAGGAGAUAUCACUGCAACUCUCAGACGUGAGGGCAGCAGUGGACCGAUGGAACCACACGGGUAUUAUACUGGGAGGCAAAACAGUUUGCUGCAACAACUUAGCAGUUACUCMGUCUCCUCAUUUCAAGAUGGUGGCUUUGACAGCUUGGUGAGAGACAUUGUGUUCCACUGCAUGGUCGUAGCAAACUCUUCAAGAAGAGAGACUCAGCAGAGAAUAGUGAGCUCCUGCCGUCUCACCCUGCAGUUCUGGUCUGACAUCAAAUGGAUUUUAAAAUCCUCUGAGGACCCUGKUGAUUUAGCACAAUGCUUUGAGAAGACCUGCGCUUUGAUGGUCCAACAACUACAAAUGCUUAACAAAGCAUUGAUGUCUGCACUUCUUUAUCAAGUUCUGGACACAUUUCUCAUGGCGUCUUUGACAGUCGCUGAACUUUUAAARGUGACAAAACGGAUCUUGGUUGCAGAUUCUGCUACGGCUUUGGAUAUGAACUUUAUUCAGCCAGUAGUCGAAGAUUUCAUAURGUCCACCGACAGGAUAAUCCAAGUGGCAAACUUCAUCUCAGCAGUCGCUGUGGAUGCAAAGAGUUUGGAGAAUGUGGAGAACUCACAAGCGUGCCUCAGACGGRUACGAGCUCAGCUCACAACCCUUUCCCUGGAGUUGGAAGAUAACUUGAUGCAAACAGCUGAAACACUUCAUGGUUUGUGUCAGAAAUGGAAGGAAGAGAUGAAUCAGCUACAGGAGGCCAUCAGUGAGGUUUUGGAUGUGAGGGAGUUCACAAGUCUUGCGAUUAAUGAGAUGAUCAAUGACCAACAUGGGUGCGAUGAGGCAUACAGAGAGCAGAGCUACAAACUGUUUAAUGAUCACACAACGCAAUUAACUUCCCGCAUGAAGCUGGUGAUUCGGUUGGUGAGGAGGCAUUUAGAGCGAAGCGAUAACCCGAUCUACAGGAACGGCCUGAUGGUUCUGCUGAAGCAGGCCCAGUUGUCUCAAACCAAAGUGACUGAGUCCAUUAGAGACAUGCUUUGUGGUUCCACACUAAACGUGGAGAUGUAUUCUACAUUUACAGGCAGGGUUUCCACAGUUAUUCAGCAUUUUAAGGUGCUCAGAGAGGGACUGGAUGGCCACCAGCACCCACACCUCCUGAGCCCUCUGCGAGAGGGGGCGAGGGGACCUGAAACCUCGGUUUCAUGCACAGCAGCUGAGGACACUGUUGAGACGAGCACGGAUCAUGUGGCAAGAGAUUCAAGCUCUUCUUUUUUGGACGUGCUCAGAGGAAAUACUCCAACAAAACCUGAAGAGGAGUGCCCACUGAAAGAAACCAUAGAAGCAGAACAGGCUCAUAAAGAUGACAGCAGUGAUUUAAAGAUGCCAGCUGUCCAGGAUGAGCCCGAACUGAUCCUCAAGCCCGUUGCUUUCGACCUUUUACCCCUGAUGUAUGAAGUUGUGACUGUGACUAAAGAAAAAAAUGUGUCCAUGCUCAACCAGGUCUGUACCGGGGUUCUUGAACUAUCAAACUGCUACGCCCAGGCUACGAAGGAAGGUUUAGCCGUUGUCGACGCUGUUGACUGUCAGACGUUGGAAAGCUUCAGAGCCGAGCUGGUGUCACUGACCCCGCWGCUUGUCCAAACAGCGCAGGAGAUGGCGAUGAGUGCAGCAAUGAGCACUGAAAGCAUCUACAAACUCAGUACACAGUUUUCUGACCUCAUCAGCAACAUUCAGAAAGUUUUACUGCCGGUAGCUGGAACGUGGUACCAUGCUGCUUAUGGUGAACUGCAAGGAAAUCUGCACGCAAUGGAGCCCAGUGUUGUGCAAAACCUCAACGAAGUGACGACUUUAGGUGCUCAUGUUGUCCAGUUCUUGACAUCGUCCGAUUUAAACUUGCAAUCCGACGGUCAGGAAACGAUCAGUGUCUUGCACAGCAAGCUCAACAAAGCCCAGAACAACACAAGGCGUCUCAUCGAGUGUUCCUCCUCGUUGGGGCGACAGGUAGACCAGCUCCAGGGACUCUGCAUCCUCUGGGGUCUCUCUGUUCAGAUUGUAUUAAAUUCUCUGGAUAGGAUUUUGGGCGCAUCGACUGCAACAGUGUACCGGUUGAAUCCUCAGAAACAGAUGUCGGCACUGUCAGAGAACUCACUCCGAAUCCAAGAGGCUGCGAGGCUCACCAGCUUCAACUGCAAAAGUGCUUACAAAUCCAAACAGCUGGCAGGUGAGCAGGACGAGCUCAAAACACUGACUGAAGCGUAUCUUAAAGCUGCCGAGGAACUCCACGCCAUGCCGAGUGUGAUGCAGCUCGCAAGAUCAGAGUUCCUUCAGAGGCAGCUUUUGAUUAAAAUUAGAGUUCUUUCUAGUCAGCUAAGCAAAGCCAAUAAGGACUACGAUGCUGCUUUGCAGAAUGUUGUCAGCCUUGCUUAUUUCGCCGCUGAACAUUUCAGGCAUUCUGACGCGAAAGAUGCGGAGCAAAAAUUCGAACGUGCGUCCCAAACACUCGCUGAAAAUAUCAAAACUGCAUCCGUAAGUGUGGACAAAUGUUUGAGCUACGUUCGUGACCCACGCGCCCGCACUAACCUGAGGUCCAUCAACGACCACCUGUCCUUUCAGAUUUCAGAUAUCAUCAGCAGGGCCAGGCUGGUUGUGGAGACUCACUUCAUUUGUGACACGCUCAGUUUGGACGUGUUGAUACAGUGCUGGGCUGCUAAAGCUCACUAUGUGGUGGAGGAGAUCCUGAAGCAAGAUGAGAUUCACCAGUGGGUUAAAGAGAGCAUCAAAGCUGGUUUACAAGGCAGAACACCGGAGAACAUUGACAAAACGUUGGAUAUGGUCUCACCUAACGUGGAAGAAGUGGAACGUCCAGAUGCAAAACUUGCACUGCAGAGAGGCAACACAGAGACCACAGAUGACGCAGAAACCAAAGUCAUGACGGCAGCUGUGGCAAAGCAUGAACCUAAAACCUUGAAAAGAGAUGAUAUAGCUGAUGUGUACAAAGAAGCCUCCUCACUGACCUACACCUCGCUUUUUCUGAAAAAGAAGAGCGACACCUGGGACCCCAAAGACAACAAAAUAGUCCAGGUGACCAGGAGGAUGGCUGAUGCAAUUUGUCACAUGACACAGUAUUUGAAGAAGAAAGGCCCAAUACUGAAUAAAGAAGCAUUUGUUACCGCAGCUAAAGAUGUUAUCUCAAACUGCCAGUGGGUCACUCAGUUCCUCAGAGUUAUUGCCAACCACAGCCUGGAUAAACAGUGUACGGUUGAACUCUCCCUCAUCAUUGAGCAGAUUCUAACCAUCACUAAUCAGCUCAACAUCAUCUCCAGUGUUAAUGCUGUAACUCCUGGGUGCAAAUCUUCUGAUGAGAUCCUGGUAAAGAACUCACAGAAUCUCCUUCAGACCGUCCUGCGUGGGGUUCAUGCUGCAGAAACAGCCUGCAUUACGGGUCUGAAGCAGCCUGAGCCCAACUCAGACGACGAAGAAGCGACGACCUUGUGUUUCCAGUGGAAGAGGAACUUGGAGKUGUAUCGAGCCCUGCAAACCUCGAACCCAGAAACCGAUGAGCUCGGUUUAAGGAAGACAUCAUCYCAGCUUUUAGCUCCCAGUCUGGCCCCCCAGGUUAACGUCUAAAAACCUGCACAAAGAAAAUUAAAGAUAUGCUGACUAUAAUUAUGACUCAUAACUAACUGAUUAUUAGGUGAAUCGAACACUUCGUAUAGGAUUAAGAUGGAGAACGGUUGCUUUUUCACUUCUUUAUUCAAGAAAUUUUAUAAUAAAAAUCACUUAAAAUGAUGAGUGUUGUUAAAAUGCCAUGUAGUAUUAAAUCACUGUGGACGAUUACAGAUCCACACUAGCAUGACAGAAAUAAAGCAUUAUUGUARACAAUACACUAAUACAGUCACUAAAACACACUGUACAAAAUGCACAUUUACAAUGUGAAUUAAAAAAAAGAAACAUAGCUUAUUUUUAGGCAAACAAAAUCAGCUUGCAUUACAAAAACGGUUACCUAAAAUGCCAGGGUAUAUUUGRGUAGUUGCAGUUUUCACCCUUUAAGUACAGAGUUUUAAAUAAAAUUUGACAGAAACUGUAAAAUGUCAUAUUUGUUACAUAUGUACAUAUGCCUGCAAUGACUCUUUCUGUAGAAUAUGCUCAAACACUUAUCUUGUUAUGAUUUUUCUUGUUUUCAGACACAAAAUAAAGUGGCGUUACUUUUAGCCUUUAAAAAAGUUGAUUUAAAAAAAUGGCACAGAUGAAUUAAAAGUAGCCAAAAGUCACUGAAGCAGCUGAUAAAAACUGAUCCUCAAAACAUUUGAAGCACUUAAAAAGUGUAGAACACUGUCAUCUGUGUGUAAUGCAUAUAAAAAAAGAUGUAAAAAAAAUGAGUGAAAAAUUACACAAUAUUAAAAUA